AUCAUGGCUUACGAUUAGAGAUCUCAUUUCGAAUUAAGAAUAUCACAUUUCUAUACUAAAGAAGAGAAAUCAAUAUCCGUUUUGAAUAAAGAGUGCUGUUUCUGAGGAUAUCAAGUCUUUUCUUAUAAAGGAUAGAUUAAAGAAAUGGGCAUAUUGUGGAUUUCCAAUUGUCUAGGAGCCAUGUAGCCAUACAUAAAGACGAGGUAUUCAGUUUAAAAUUGAUGAUUGACUCCUGCAGCCAUUUCAAGUGUUCUCUGAUUAGGUUGGCUACAUUUUAAUUCAUUUUACAAUGCCUGAUAUAAAAUAUCAUAGUGAGAAGUUGCAUUUGUUAAAUUUAAUAGAAACAAGAGUUGGAUUCAACCUCAAGGCAUUGAAAGAGUAAGUCCCUCGUACUUGGACAUCUUAGGAGAUUCACAGAUAAAUUAGAGAGGCUUACAAUAAUAGGCAUGAUUUCUUUAUAAACAUACUUUAUCCAAAUUAAAAUAGAGCUUCCCCAUUAUAGGAUAUUUUAAGUUACCCUUUCAAGUACAGAAGAGACAAGGUUGUAGAAUGA